UUUUCAUUUUCCCUGAGAAAAUGACAGUCAUCGUUGAACAACCAGCAGUUGGAACCCAAAACCAGGAUAAGAAUAUCAAUGAAGAGACCAACAAGUUGGUGCUUGAUGGUGGAUUUGCGGUUCCUGGAUCCAACACAUUUGGUCACACCUUUAGGGCUUAUGAUGCUGAAAGCGAAAGGAAAAAGAGUGUUGAGGAAUUUUACAAGCAGAAUCACAUCCACCAAACAGUUGACUUUGUGAAGAAGAUGAAAGAAGAGUAUGGUAAGCUGAACAGGGUAGAGAUGAGCAUAUGGGAAUGUUGUGAACUUCUCAAUGAGUUUGUGGAUGAAAGUGACCCUGAUUUGGAUGAGCCUCAAAUUGAGCACUUGCUUCAGACAGCUGAAGCAAUCAGGAAAGACUACCCUAAUGAAGAUUGGUUGCACCUGACUGGCCUUAUCCAUGAUCUUGGGAAGGUACUUCUACACCACAAAUUUGGAGAGCUUCCUCAAUGGGCUGUUGUGGGUGACACAUUCCCUGUUGGGUGUGCUUUUGAUGAAUCAAUUGUUCAUCACAAGUAUUUCAUAGAUAAUCCUGACCACCACAAUCCUGCCUACAAUACAAAGUAUGGAAUUUACUCUGAGGGAUGUGGCCUUGACAAUGUGAUGAUGACAUGGGGACAUGAUGAGUAUAUGUACUUGGUAGCAAAGGAGAAUAAGACAACUCUACCUUCUGCUGCACUGUUCAUCAUUCGAUUCCAUUCCUUCUAUCCUUUACAUAAAUCUGGAGCAUAUAAACACUUGAUGAAUGAAGAGGAUCAUGAGAAUCUGAAGUGGCUUCACAUCUUCAGCAAGUAUGACCUUUACAGCAAAAGUAAAGUGCGGGUUGAUGUGGAGAAAGUCAAGCCUUACUAUCUAUCCCUCAUUGAAAAGUACUUCCCUGCAAAGCUAAGAUGGUGAAUGUGAUGGUUCAGCAUAUGCAAAGUGAUGAAU